ACCGCCGAGCCCCGCCGCCGCCUGCCUGCCGCCGCCCCGGGUUUGGGCCCCGACCAUGAAGAUCCAGCUGCUGGUCUCCACGGGAAUCCUGCUGGUCGCCCUCCUGCCCUGCCAGGAGUGCAGAGCUCUCAGUAAGAGCCCGGUAGCCGCUCACGGGGCUCUGCACCAGCCAGAUUUCUUCCAGCAGCAGCAGCAGCAGCAGCAAACUCUGCCCGUCCUGCUCCGCAUGGGAGAAGAGUACUUCCUGCGCCUGGGCAACCUCAGCAAGAGACCCGUUGGCUCUUUACCCGCCUCUUCCAGCAGCACCAGCAACCUACCGCCCGAAGCCGCCGCCGCCAACUUUUUCCGAGCAGCGGUGCAACAGCUGCAGCAGCUGCCCGAGCGCUCGCUGGAGAGCCCCGAGGAGGGCGAAGUCGAGGGAGAGGCCGUGGAGAGGGAGAAGCGCUCCGAGGAGCCCCCGAUUUCUCUGGAUCUGACUUUCCACCUCCUGCGAGAAGUCUUGGAGAUGGCCCGCGCCGAGCAGCUGGCGCAGCAAGCCCACAGCAACAGGAAACUGAUGGAGAUAAUCGGGAAGUGAAGCGGCCCCUCCCCGCCUUGCCAAAGAGAUUCCGCAGUUAGCACAAGAAUAAUUACACAGUCCGAUGUACCAUAGUGCUGCUCUGAUGUCAUCUCUUUAUUUUUAUAUAGCUUUAAACCUAGAAGGGUGUACUCCGAACAGCCUCUGUCCCUUGACUAGCAUGCACAACCGUGUACCAAGUGCAGAAACACGAGUGUCGUUUGUAACCUCCCCUACCUUUAUUUAUUUCUCCAUUUCCCAGUUAUUC